AUGGAAUAUCUAAUCAGAGCGGUCAUCGCUUUCGUGGACAGGCACUGGAUCAUCGUCUCUAGCGUCUUCAUCCUUGUCCUCGUGUGCACCAGCAUCGCGGUGGGUUGGACGUUGCGCCUGGGCACCUUCAAGGGUGUUCAAGUCCUCGACUCUUUCCUCGUCGAAGAUCCGGUCUGGGUCAAGCUGGACGCAAACCUUAUAUCCGUCGACUCGGAUUCACAGUCCAUUACACUCGACUGGUUUCUGUAUUACACCUGCCCCGAUGGAGCGUCUCCGUCGACUUCGGACUGUCCGGAUGUCAACAUAUAUUUUGAUCAGAAUUUGUUGCGCGGCGAUUCCAGCACGACGACGGCGAAUAAUGAGAAGCCCACGCCGAUCUUCUCCAUCAACGCGACGGACUAUGCAGCCUAUAACGCGAGCAGCACCCCCGACUUCCGCGUCAGUUCGCCGCAGUUCAGGACCCAAGUAGCCAUGACGGACUUCUACUACGGCGGUCGGUCUGCACAGUCGUAUCCCUUCGACAAGUACACAUCCACUCUGGUGUUCUUUGCGCAAUCCGUCAGUGACAACAGUACCGUGCCGAUCGGGAUCGGUACCACCAAUGGAAUUGCAGUCGGAUUCAAUGCGAAGCUCGACACUAACACAUCCGGGCUAGCUGCCCAUGACGUGUCUAUCAAGAACUUAGUCGUUACCAGAGGGCAGGUGAUCAGGAUGUAUGCCCUACUGAUUGUCAUCGCCAUCUGGAUGAUUACUAUUACGUUCAUCAUGGCUUGUAUCGUGUCGGUAUUCUUCGGGAAAGGUGUCAGAGGCGAUGUCCUGGUGUUGCCCGUCGCGACUUUGUUUGCGUUCACGCAAUUGCGCGGCACGAUGCCGGGAGCACCCAACGGCUUUGAUUUCGUCGGUAUACUUCCUUGCCUAGCGUUGCUCACAUUCUCGUCUAUCUUCAUGUCCGCUGUGUUCCUCUUCCGUAACCCGGAGGAGAACUCGCCUAGGUGGCAGAGGUGGCGCGCGCUGGCGCAGCCUGGAGAGAAGAGUCAGGCUGCUUUGCCUGUGUAG